AGGAUGGUGGAUCUCCAGCCCGCCAUAGUGAUCGACAAUGGAUCAGGCCUGGUCAAAGCUGGCAUCUCAGGGGAUAAGGAACCUCGCUCCAUCUUCACCAACGUGAUCGGCAAACCUCGGCAGAAAGCACUCAUCAUCGGGGCCGGUCAGAAGGAUUUCUACAUUGGCGAGGAAGCUCAGGCCAAGCGGGGGGUGCUGACCAUCAAGUACCCGGUGGAGCACGGCAUUGUCACCUCCUGGGACGACAUGGACAAGAUCUGGAGGUACGUGUAUGAUAACGAUCUGAAAAUCAAGUCCAACGAGAGGCCGGCGCUGCUGACCGAGGCUCCCCUCAACCCUCUGGCCAACCGGGAGAAGAUGUGCCAGAUCCUCUUUGAGGGCUUCGAGCUGCCGGCCAUGUACGUGGCCAUCCAAGCGGUGCUUGCCCUCUACGCCUCCGGGAGGACCACGGGCUGCGUGAUGGACAGCGGGGACGGGGUGACUCACACCGUGCCCAUCUACGAGGGUUACUGCCUGCCCCACGCCGUGCUGAGGCUGGAGCUGGGAGGCCGGGACCUCACCGAAUACCUGGUCAGGAUCCUGACCGAGAGCGGGGUCUCCUUCGUCAGCACGGCGGAGAAGGAGAUCGUCAGGGACAUUAAGGAGAAGCUGUGCUACGUGGCCGUCGACCUGCAGAACGAGAUGUGCAAGAAGCCCUGCGACGUGGAGAAGGACUACAAGCUCCCCGACGGCCAGGUCAUCAAGAUCCAAAACCAGAGGUUCCGCUGCCCGGAGACCCUCUUCAUCCCGGCUAACAUCGGCAUCGAGGCGCCCGGCAUCGACAAGCUGUGCUUCAACGCCAUCAUGAAGUGUGACAUCGACCUGAGGCGGGAUCUCUACGCUAACGUGAUCUUGGCGGGAGGCUCCAGUUUGUUCCCGGGCAUGGACGAGCGGAUGCUCAAGGAGAUGACAAAGAUGGUCCCCACCGGCACCCCGGUCAAAGUCUGCGCUCCUGCGGAGAGGAAAUAUUCUGUCUGGAUGGGGGGCUCGAUUCUCUCCUCCCUUUCUGCUUUCCAGCAGAUGUGGAUUUUAGCCUCUGAGUAUAAGGAGGUUGGAGCUAACAUUGUGCAUAGAAAGUGUUUUUGAAAGUUUUUUUAAAAAA